CCCAAUGAGCGUAAUUAUGCGAAGGACGCAAAUCAAUAACUUAAGUGAUAAGACAUGAUAAGAAACAGAAAUAAGUUUCGCGUUUAUCUCUAUGUCUUGGCCAUAUCUCUUCCGUACCACACCUCUGGUAGAAAGAAUUAGGUAAUUUUUAAGUUUUCUAGCUUCACCAUGAGUCUUAAAGCUUUAAGCGGAUUUUGCAAGCUUGUUGGAAAAAACUCAACUCGAAAAAUUUUAAAUCCUGCUAACUUCAAAAUCAAGACAGAUCGAAAUUUACACAUAACUGGUUCUCGUUUUGGAGUAACUGCGGCCAUUGAUACUAAGCAACCAGCAACGAUCACCAAGACUUUUCCAACAGCUCAUCAAUCCUUACAAAUUGGUUUCCAUGACAACUUAGCAUCAGACUUCCAAUUCAUUUGGCUACGAGAUAAUUGCAAAUGCAGCAAGUGUGUGCACCCGGACAGUAAACAAAAGAUGUUGGAUACUGUGAGUUUGGAUAUAAACAUUAAGCCGAAAUCCUACCACCUGACUGAGAAGGGAAUGCUUAAGAUAAUAUGGCCUGACACAGAAGGAGAUCACGUCAGCUUAUAUGAUCCUACCUGGUUGCAUAAGUAUGGAAAAGGAUUCGAAUUAGACAGUCAUGAGAGCAUUCAUGAUGACAAUUUACCUGCCAUGAUUCCUUGGGACAGAGACACCAUCCAGCAAAUAAAACCUGAAGUGAACUACGAAGAAGUAAUGGAGACCGAAGAAGGUCUCAAGAAAUGGUUGGAAAACAUCUACAAGUAUGGAUUGGCCAUAAUGAAAGGUGUUCCACGUCGAACAGGUGAAGUCAUCAAUGUCAUGGAAAGAGUUGCUUACGUGAAGAAAACUAAAUGGGGAUCUAGUUUUGACGUGAAAUGUGAGCCUGUUCAAAAUGAUCCUAAACAUCUUGCUUUUACGGGAAUGUACUUAGAACACCACACAGAUAUGAACUAUUUAGAAAAAUCACCAGGACUACAAGCUUUGCUUUGUAUGAAAGCCAAUCCUGCAAUUGAAGGGGAAAGCAUUGGAGGACAAUCAUUUUUUGUUGAUGGCUUUCAUAUUGCUAAAUGGUUGAGAAAAGAACAUCCUUCUUCUUUCCAUGUCCUCACUUCUACUUUGGUUGAGUUUAAAAUACACAGCCACAACAUGGAAUACUGCAACAAUCAAUAUGUUUUGCAUGCCAACAAGAGUGGUGACAUCCAAGAAGUUCACUACAAUACAAGAACCAUGUCUCCUCUGAAAGGACCUAAAGACACAGUUCAAGCUUUUUAUGGAGCAUAUCAACUUUUCGGACAGAAAAUGAGAGAACCAGAGUCAGAAUAUAUGUUUAAUUUAGUUCCUGGGGAUUUAGUGGCUUUCAACAAUCGAAGGAUCUUGCACGGUCGAACCAGUUUUGAUCCAAGGAAGGUUUCUCGACAUUUGGAAGGAUGCUAUGGAGAUAUUGAUGAAGUUUUUGUCCAAUACAAAUCUUUCAUGAAGAAUUCUGAUAAAUGAAGCAACUGAAUUAAAAAAGGUUUAUUUUAAUAAAACCGUUUUUGUCCCUUCUGAGUAACGUAAUGAAGUUUUAUUCUAUUGUAUUAAGACUUAUGUAAAUAUUGUAAAAAGAAUUCCAUUGUUUUUUUAAAGUUUUUAUGUAUUGUAUUAUUUUAAUUAAAAUUUUUUCUUUUA